AUGUCGCGGGCUCUCGGGGAGGCGUCGCGCCGCCGCUGCGUUCGGGGGGCACUGGGCCCUGCGCUCCCGGCUCGCCCCCCACCACCCCGACCCCCUCGCGCCCCCUCGUACCCCCUCGCGCCCCCACGCCCCGCCCCCGCGACUACACGCGCGGAGGGUGGCUCGGACGCGCCGGAAAAUGCGUGCCAGUUUUCCCGUCUGCAAUUGCCGAUUGUCCGUAUUGAUUAUGACGUCUUAAUUUAUAUUUAUGUUGUUGUGACAAGGAGAGAGAAUGUAAUGUCAUGUCUUUCAGAUGCGAUAAGUGUAUUG